UUGACCAAUUUGUGACACGCUCUCUGUCUCUCCCUCUCUCUCCCAUUUAGGUUUUUUUCCAUUUUCACAACAAUUUAUUCAACACGUCUUUCCUUUUUGCAUCUACAUGUUUAUAUUAUUUGGUUCCACAACACUUGGUUUUCUCUCUAUCAAUCUAUAGAGCGAAAAGAAAAAAUAUGAAGACAUCGCUGAAGAAAUUACGAGGAUUGGCUAAUCUUCGACAUGAUAAAAAAGAACGGAGGCUUCGCCAGCCAUCUGACGAGCUCGCUUUGGCUGCUCAGGAUAUGGAAGAAAUGAAAGAUUGCUACGAUAGGUUACUUUCUGCAGCUGCUGCAACUGCAAAUGGUGCAUAUGAAUUUUCCGAAUCAUUGCGAGAAAUGGGCGAUUGUCUUCUUGAGAAAACAGCACUGAAUGAUGAUGAAGAAAGCGGUAAGGUAUUGCUAAUGCUGGGUAAAAUGCAGUUUCAGCUUCAGAGACUUGUAGAUAACUAUCGGUCACAUAUUAUCAGGACAAUCGCAGUCCCCUCAGAAUCCCUUCUCAAUGAACUGCGCAUAGUUGAGGAGAUGAAGCUGCAAUGUGAUAACAAGAGAGAAGUUUAUGAGCAGACGGUGCAAAAAUACAGAGAUAAAGGCAGGAUAAAAGGCACUAAAGGAGAAUGUAUUUCAUCUCACCAGCUGAAAGUAGCUUAUGAAGAAUAUGAUGAGGGGGCCACUGUUUUUGUAUUCCGUAUGAAGUCCCUCAAGCAAGGACAAUCCCGCAGCCUUUUAACACAGGCAGCUCGACACCAUGCUGCUCAGUUGUCUUUCUUCAAGAAAGCCGUCAAGUCUCUUGAGGAGAUUGAGCCACAUGUCAAAUUGGUGACGGAACUGCAUCAUAUUGAUUAUCACUUCCAUGGGCUUGAAGAAGAUGAUGGAGAUGAUGCUGGCAAUGAGGAUGAUGAUGAAAAUGAUUACGACGAUGACUCUGAUGACGGAUCUGAAUCACUUGAUGAUGGUGAACUGAGUUUUGACUAUGGACAGAAUGACCAGGUUAAUCCAUCAACCCAUUUAAUGGAGUUGGAUAAGGUGGAUGUUACAGUUCCUGAAGCUGCUACAAAGGGUGCAUCAAAGGAAAAUCUCAAUAAGAGUUAUGGUGGAAACUCUUUUUCCUUCUUCAGGGAUGUUAACAGCACCAAGUCAGCACCACUUUUGUCUGGGAGGAAACAAGAUCCUGCUGAGGGGGGUGCCACACGAAUGACUUCGUCACUCUCAAACAAGUUUCAACCGUAUGUUUUACCCACACCAGUUGAGGCAAAAACUACAGAUUCAGUAAAAUCAUAUAGCGUACACCCUCAAACAAGGCGAACUGGCCAGACUGCUACUGUACUUCACUCAUGGCAUUCGUCCCCUUUGGAUCAGUUCAAACAUGAAAAGCUUGUGGCAGAUGAGAAGUUAUCUGGACCUAUCACCUCGAAUACACAAUCAGUUCUCACAGAGAGCAAUAAUUAUGCAAAAUCUGGUCCGUUGCCCCCUCCACUGUCAGAAGGCCUCUCAUCUUUGCAGCAUGAUUGGUCCAAUGCUAAAAAGGUCAAGAGACAAGCUUUUUCUGGUCCUUUGACUGCGAAGCCGUGGCCAAAGAAGCCUGCUGUUUCUGCUGGUAGUCCAAUUGCUUCAACUGGAUACCCUCAGCAUUUUUCUCUGCCUUUCUUGCAUACUUCAACGCCUGAACCUUCAUCGGCCCCUAAAUUAUCUUCACGUACUUCUCCUCCUCUCAUGUCAUCACCUAAAAUAAGUGAGUUACAUGAACUACCUAGACCACCAGCUAAUUUAGCCUCCAAAAGACCCCCACGUCAGAUUGCUCAUUCAGGACCUUUGGUGUCAAAAGUCCAGGAACUUUCUUCCACAAAUAAAGUGGCAGUGUCUUCAGCUGCUUCUACACUACCAACGCCUCCAGCUCUUCCUCGUAGUUACUCCAUACCAUCUAGGGGUCAGAUAGAAACAGCUUUCCAUGUUUCUAAGCCACUGGAAGAUAUGGCUUCACCUCCUUUAACGCCAAUAGCCUUCGGGAACAUCCAGCAUUCUCCCCCUGCUUCAUAGCCUCCAAACUAGCUAGUCAAAUUAAAGGUGUUACUACGGGAACAUCCAGCAUUCUCCCCCUGCUUCAUAGCCUCCAAACUAGCUAGUCAAAUUAAAGGUGUUACUAUGAGAGGUAACCAGUGAUUUUCUGACUUCCCAGAGGAGCUUAAUUGUUCUAUCAGUGCAACUCAGUUAGGGUGAAAGGCAACAUUUUGCUAGGGUAUCCUAAUGUGUACAGCAAUUGAGUCUUGUAUUGCUUCUGACAUAUAGUGGCAUUUUUGUUUUUGCCGUAAGUAUAUCUAUUUUGCUUUUCUCAUUAGAUGCAGGUUUCUUCACCUUGUAACUAUUUAAAGCUUCUAUAAGACCACAACAAGUGGCUUAGGUAGUUCUAUAUUAAAAUCUUUCUGUAAAUACCCCAAAAGUAACCUAUCCGUAGGGAGAAAGGAGUACAAAAUUAUGGAGAAUAUCAAAGUCCAUGGAAAGCAUGCAUUUUCGUUUA